AUGUCGACCAAGAAGAUCAAGUUGCAGAGCUCCGACGGUGAAGUUUUCGUGGUGAAGAUUGUGUGCGUCCUCGCGAGAGUCAUCGACUACUGCAAGGAUCGUUCAUACUUCUCCCCCGAGAGACUCCAGUUCUGGGAAACAGCGUUCUGGAGAGUCCAUCAUUCCACGCUCGUGGCUCUCGCUAACGCCGCCAAUUACUUAGAGAUCCCUUCAUUGCUUGAUACUACUUGUGACAGAUUGGCGGAAAUAAUCACUGAUUCCGAAGACGAUGAACAGGUUCGUUUGAUAUUGGGUAUUGAUGAUUCAAAAGAGGAGAAGGAAACGACUGAUAAGAAAAGGAAGAAGAAUCAAAGCGAGAAGAAUCAACAUACUGAUCCACCUGUAAUUCCUGUCUAUAUGUGUUUCCCAUUUGGAGACUUUCCUGAAGGUGAAAUCCAAAACUAUAAGGAUGACAACUUGUGGAGAACAACAUCUGAAGAGAAGAGAGAGUUGGAGCGUCUUCAAAAGCCAAUAUACAACUCUGUACGACAGGCUGCUGAAGUUCAUCGCCAGGUUCGGAAAUAUAUGAGAAGCAUAGUGGAGCCUGGAAUGUUGUUGACUGAUAUAUGUGAGACCCUGGAGAUUACUGCUCGUACGCUGAUAUCAGAGAAAGGUCUUAAAGCUGGCAUUGCUUUCCCAACAGGAUGCUCUUUGAAUCGUGUUGCUGCUCAUUGGACACCAAACUCUGGAGACAAGACUGUGCUUCAGUACGAUGAUGUUAUGAAGCUGGAUUUUGGAACACAUAUCGAUGGACAUAUUAUUGACUCUGCAUUUACAGUUGCUUUCAAUCCUACGUAUGAACCUCUCUUAGCAGCCUCCCGUGAAGCUACUUAUACCGGUAUCAAGGAAUCUGGAAUCGACGCUCGUCUCUGCGACGUUGCUGCUUCAAUUGAGGAGGUGAUGAAGUCCUAUGAAGUUGAAAUCAACGGGAAAGUGUUUGGAGUUAAAAGUAUCCAGAACUUGAAUGUCUAUAGCUUAAGACCUUAUCAGAGAUAUGCUAUGAAAUCAAUUCAGACCAGGAUGGAAGAGGGGGAAUACUAUGGAAUUCAAGCAUUUGGAUCAACCGGGAAAGGAUAUGUUAGAGAAGACUUAGAGUGCAGCCACUACAUGAAGAAGUCUCACAUUGGCCAUAUCAACUUGGCUUUGCCUAGAGCAGAACAACUCCUCGCCACCAUCAACAACAAGUUCUCGACACUGGCUUUUUGCAGACGGGACCUUGAUCGGAUUGGUGAGACCAACUAUCUAGGGGGUCUAAAGACCUUGUGCGACGUCGGCUUUGUUCAGCCGUAUCCUCCGCUGUGUGAUGUGAAGGGGAGCUACGUAUCACAGUUCGCGCACACGGUUUUACUACGACCUACCUGCAAAGAAGUCGUCUCCAAGGGAGACGACUACUGA